AAACCAAACCAACUCACAAAUCAACCCAACCCCAACCUAGAAACUCUAGGUAUAUAGAGAAUAACAUAACUAGAAGAGUACUCCGCCGACCACCUCUAUGAGUUGCCAUUGCUAGAAAAGCUGAGCCGAGAUUGAAGCUAACCCAUCAUUAGUUCAAUAAGGAGCAACCAAACGUUGCCCAUCACAACAUAACCUUUCACCCAUCAGCACUAACCUCCAUAUUUCUCCACAAACCUCAUUACUCAACUCCACCUCGCCAAAAGGAUGCUGUCGCAGAGCUCUCCAGCUCGCGUAGGCCAAUGGGACAACCUUCACUGUCAUGGUGUAGAAGCAAAUCCCAGAGAUGCGAGAUAGCAGAAGUAAUAAUUGUCCUUUUGAUACUCAAAGUAGACGCAAAAGACCAAUCAACAAAUGACACCCUCUAACCUUCAAAUAGCUAGCACAAUGGCCAACCCCACGCUACAAACAAGCCAAACAGAAAUAGGAUUCCAAAGAAAAGCUCUCACCAUUCACCCCUGCAAAAACAUAAUCCAAAAACUAUGCAUACUAAAUCCAGGGUAUAAGGGAGAGCUACCCCAAGCUUGUUUGGAGAGACAAAUAAUGAUCGCUUUCUCUACCCUAAAGCUUUGGUAGGGAAAGCCAGGACGAGAUCUCCUUGGCGAUACCAGGAUUUAAAGCCAAGCAACCAGUUGAGAGAAAAAUGUCUCUUGAAAUAAAACAGAGAAAAGCAAUCUUGACUAGAUAUGAAAAAAUGAAAAAUAAACUGGUACUUUAUUAUUAUUAUUAUUAAUUUUUUGCUCCUAUACUUUUAAAAAUAGACUAUUUAAUUUCUUAAUUUUACUUUUACAACAUACUUAGGUUAUUUUGUAUAUUUUAGACAUUGGUAUUUAAGAUAAAUUAUUAUUUACUCUAUAAAUAUUAUAAUAUUUACAGUUUCAUCCUUAAUUUUGUAAUUAUUUAUAAUUUCUUCAUCUACUUCUCUCUCUCUCUGCAUAUCUCUCUCUCACUCUGUCUCUCUUUCUCUCUCUCUCUCUCUCAUUUAUCUGUCUCUCAGUCUCUCUCCCAUCUUUUUCCUCUCUUUCCCUUAUUUCUCUGUCUUUUUUUGUUCCCUCUCCAUCCCAUCAAAGAGAGAUAGAUACAGAAAGAGAGAGAAAAGUAGUGAGGCAGAGAGAGGGAUAGAAAUGUGAGAGGGUGGACAAAGAAGAAAAUGGGGGGAAGCGGAAGAAACAUUAAUAAGAGAGAGAGACAGAAAGAAGAGAGAUAAAAAUGAGAGAGAGAGAGGCAAAGUGAUGUAAAGAAACAACAAAUAAUUAUAAAAUUAAAGGAUAAAUUAUAAAUAAUUGUAAUAUAUAAAUAUAUAGUGAUUAGAAAGAUGUGAGGUUUCCUUGUCCCCAAUCCGACAAGAGCAAAGAAGAGUACAGAAAGAAGCAGGCUCAUAAUGUCAAAAAACAGACAAAAGAAAUGGUUCCUCCUCAUUUCUCAAUCCUCAUCUAUCUAUAUUCUAUCUCUUUCAAACCUAAUAAUUUUACCAAAUCAUCCCAUUUUCGCAACACACCAAACCCAUUUUACCAUUCAAUCCAAUCCAUUAACCAUACCCUUUCUAUUCCAACAAUCAUACCUCGGCCAUGGCUACUUCUUCCAUGGCUGAGACCGCCAGCACCAGUGGAUCAUCAUCUUUAUCAUCUCCAAUUAUUAACUUGGCUCCUGACCAUCUCUUCUCAAUCUUACUUCUACUUCCCAUAGAUUCGAUUCUCUCGUUUUCUAUGACCUGCAAGAGAUUCAGGUCCUUCACAAGCUCUGAUGCUCUCUGGGAGUCCAUUUGCAAGAGAGACUGGGGACCCACAUCAGUUGAUGCCCUUAAGUCUUCUGCCAAUAAUCAAAACUUGUCAUGGAUGAGGUUGUACAAGCAGGUCUCGCAGCUUGACUCGGUUACUUGCCAUAAGUUGUCUGACGCAGAUCCUGAAUCGGUGCUUCCUAAACCCAGGGCUUCUCACUCUCUCAACUCUGUGUCUGAUUGCUUGGUUUUGUUUGGUGGUGGCUGUGAAGGAGGACGCCAUCUUGAUGACACAUGGGUGGCAUAUCUAGGGAAUGGUGUUCGAAGGACCUUCAAGUGGCAGAAGGUUGAUUCAGGAGUUCCAAGUGGCAGAUUUGGGCAUACAUGUGUUGUUUUUGUCCAUCACCUUGUCCUCUUUGGAGGGAUUAAUGAUUGUGGGAUCCGUCAAAAUGAUACAUGGAUUGGGCAACUAGUCUUUAGUGAUAACCUCUGUAUCUCACUCUCAUGGAGACUACUCAAUGUACAAUCCCAUGCACCACCACCACGAGGGGCUCAUGCUGCAUGUUGUUUUGAUCAAAGGAAGAUGGUUAUCCAGGGAGGAAUUGGGUUGCACGGCGUUAGAUUAGGUGACACUUGGGUUUUGGAACUUUCAGAAAAUCUUUGUUUUGGAACAUGGCACGAACUUGUUGCUCAUCCAUCACCUCCUCCUCGUUCAGGACACUCAUUAACGUGCAUUGGAGGAACUAGAAUGGUUUUAUUUGGUGGAAGAGGAUUGGGAUAUGAGGUGUUAAAUGAUGUUUGGCUGUUGCAGAUAUUUGAUGGUCAGCUAAAAUGGGUGCAGAUGUGUUUUGAAUUGCAAAACAUACCUGAAGGAGUCUCGCUCCCACGAGUUGGUCAUUCAGCUACGCCAAUUUUGGGAGGUCGGGUGCUAAUAUAUGGAGGUGAAGAUUCAUACAGACGUAGGAAGGAUGACUUUUGGGUGUUAGAUAUUAGUUCAAUUGUAUACACUCAAGUUCAGCCAACUGCAUUGCGUGCAAAUAUGUGGAAAAGGUUGAAGUCAAAAGGUUAUAAACCAAACAGCAGGUCAUUUCAUCAAGCUUGUGCUGAUAAUUCAGGGCGUCAUUUGUACAUGUUUGGUGGGAUGGUGGAUGGCUUACUUCAACCUACUGAGGCAUUUGGGUUGACAUUUGAUGGGGAGCUCUUCCUUGUGGAACUUUGUUUUAAACAGGAAUAGAAAGGUACUAGCCUAUCAUGGAGUACUUUUGAGGAUGCUGUUCUAUUAUAGGCUUAGGCUUGCAUAAAAUAGUUCUCUCAUAUGCCACAUUAGUUGCUGUCCAUAUGUUUCAUGCAUCAAUAUUUAUAGUAAUAAGUGGCUUUUAGGACUUGUUUAUGAUGUUGAAAUAAUCUUCUAUAUAUAAAGAGAACUUUACUAGAGUUCAACAGCA